UCAGGGGUUGAUAGGAUCACUCUUGACCGGCAGUGGAGCGAGUCGCGUCUCUGCAUCGCCUCACCGGAGAAGUUGGACCGAAGUUGGAUCUUUUUAGUCUCCUUCUGAAACCCGGGAUGGAAGUUUUACUGGACACCUGUGAACGACGAAGGGUCAGACAUCUGCUGUUAAUGUACCUCUUUGUCGUGAAGGCAGCAGCUGACUGUCCUAAACCUCAGGGAAAAGGAAAUAUUGUCUUAACCAACGAAGCACUUCUAAAGAACAACUUUCCUGAUGCCUCAAGUGUCACUUUUGAGUGUGUUAAUGGUUAUGUUCAAGAAAAUGGCACUGGGAUUAUAACCUGCGUUAGUGGGACAUGGACUGAACCAGAUAUCAUCUGCAUAAAAAAGGACUGUGGUCCUCCUAAACCUCAGCCGAACAUGAGCUUCAACAUCAGCGACGGUACCCUGUUUGGUGCUGUGAUAAAAGUAGUUUGUGCUAAAGGUUACCAGGUCAUUGGAUCAAGCUACAAACAGUGCUAUUCAGUAGGGUGGACUGGAAGAGCUAAGUGUCAAAUUGUAACAUGUCGUGCGCCUGAUGGAGUGACCAAUGGCAAAAACAACUGGGAUUCUUCAGAUGAACCAAAAUAUGGAGAAAUCAUACAUUAUGAUUGUGAUGAGGGAUACACCCUGGUUGGGAAUGAUGAGAUUACAUGCAGUGAAACUGGUGAAUACGAUUCACAGCCUCCUGAAUGCAAAGGUGUGACAACAGAAGGUAGAAUUACAACAGAAAUGGCAACACCAACUACACCCAUCUACACACAAGAAGCGUCCACUUCUACAGGUCCAUCUACCACACGCACAGCUCACAGAGAUAAAACUAUCACAACCAGUCCAACAACAGCUGUCCCACCUUCAACAAAAGGUGGCAGAGGCCUUUUGGCAGCUGAGGAUAAAGCAACUACAGCCAGUGUAACAGCACCAACAUCAUUUCAAGGAAAGAAUGAUGGGGCUGUAGAUACUAACCAGGAUAAUGGAUAUAUACCUGUUAUCAUCAGUGUGGUAUCCAUUUCAAUAGCUGUUCCGAUAGUUGUUCUAUUUUUACACAAGUAUCUUCUGAAGAGGAAAGGCUCAUAUGACACCAGAGAAGACCUGAAGCCGGAGUUAUUACAGUUCCAAAAUCUUUAGAUUGCCUGCCUCACCAAGCUCUGCAAAUGGAUCCUUUCCUAUCUAACCCUAAAGAGCAUCUGUGACUCCAGAAGGGAUGUGCCUCAACUAAAUGUAGCAGUGCCUUUCUGAGUCAAUUGGGGGAAAAGGAGAGCUCACUUUAAUGUUAUUGCACUUCAAAUGGCAGAUAAUUGAAUCUAAAAGUAUAAUUUAAUUCAACAUUCAAUGAUGAAAAGCACUUUUUGUAAAUGUAUUUUGUAUUUUUCUCUAUUUUAACGAUUGUAAAUAGUUGUCAUUAUACUAUUACUAUUUUAUACAUUAUUUAUAUUAUAAACAGGAAUAAACACUUUAACAUUG